CAUAGAUUAGUGACAAUCAUCAAUCAUGACAAAUAUAAUUUUUUCCUUCGAAAAUUUCAUCAAUCAAGUUAUGCUCCAGUCCAAAAGAAUGGAAGGAAGUCUGCUUCUCAAAUUUGGAAAAGAAUAAGGAAAAGACUCAAAAAGUAUACUCAUGAGUUGUAAAGAGUCCCUAAAUUCCUCUUUCUUUGAUAGCUAGCGAUGAGUUCUAUGAACUUGAAUAUAAAUUAAGUUUCUCGCUAUAAAUUAGUCAUACACCUACCACGCAAGCCUCGCCUGGCUUCACUCAUGAGUUGUAAAGAGUCCUAUAAAUUCCUCUUUCUUUGAUAGCUAGCGAUGAGUUCUAUGAACUUGAAUAUAAAUUAAGUUUCUCGCUAUAAAUUAGUCAUACACCUACCACGCAAGCCUCAUCUGGCUUCACGAGUAUAAGCUCCAAAUUGUAGAAUAUAUAAUUUCUUAAAGUUCGUCAGGAUGAAAUUUGUCACUGCUUUCUGCAAAAGUUCCUAUUGAUUAUUCAUCCACUCUCUACAUACCCCAAAAAAAAAAAAAAAAAAAAAAGGAAAAAAAAAGAAGAGAAAACUGUAAAAUAUAUCAAAAGAGAUGACUUCUUUAAAAAAAACCUUACAAAGCAGAAGAGGUACAAUUCUAUAAACUAGAACAUAAAUUAAGUUUCUCGCUAUAGAUUAGUCAUACACCUACCACGGAAGCCUUGUCUGGCUUCACUCGUAUAAGUUCCAAAGUACAGAAUAUAUAAUUUCUUAAAGCAUGUCAGAAUUUGUCACUGCUUUCUACAAAAGUUCCUAUUGAUUAUUCAUCCACUCUCUGCAUAAAAAAAAAUAAAAAAAAAAGAAAAAAAAAAAAAAAAGAAAAGAAAGAAAACUGUAAAAUAUAUCAAAAUAGAUGACUUCUUUAAAUAAACCUUACAAAGCAGAAGAGGUGCGAUUAGUAUAAUUAAUUUGAUUACUUGUAAUUAAACUCAUGCCGAGCCACUAUAAUUAAACGAUUUGGGAUCCUAAUCGCUCUUAAUCUUCCCCUUCUUUUUUUCACCUACCUAAAUUUGAAGGAUAAGAUUGUUGGCAAUAUGGAUAAGACAGUGUUUGAAGCUGCAGCUUCAGGAGAUCAAAGACUCAUUGAGCGACUGAUCAGGCUAGGAGAUGUUGAUCCCAAUCAACAGUGGCAAAGAGAUAUUGAUCCCAAUCAAGUAGUAACACCACACAACAACACUAUUCUUCACAUCGCUGUUAGAUUCAAUCAACAGGAUAUUACACAGCGUGUCAGUCGCUUAUGUCCACAGCUACUGGUCAGAACCAAUGCUGAUGGGGACAGUCCCUUACAUAUAGCAGCGAAAAUUGGGAACCGAGAAAUUGUUCAGCGUCUCAUCGGCGGUUUUAGGGACGUUGAAAUCCGGCGAGCUGCUCUAAGAAUGAAAAACUUGAAGGAGGAAGACACAGCCUUACAUGUUGCAGUUAAAAAUGGUCACUUUGGCGUAGUACAGCUACUUACGCAAAACGAUCCGGAGUUGUUGAAUUUGGUGAAUAAGGCUAAUGAAUCUCCACUUUUUCUUGCCGUGGAGGGAAGUUUUCUCGAUAUUGCACGGCAUAUUUUAAAUUUUGGUGAAGCUUCAUGCCAUGGCUUCAAUGGCAUGAAUGCUUUGCAUACAGCCGUGGUUCGAGCACAUCAUGCGGGCAUGCUUGAAUGUCAGGCAUCUGAGUUAUCUCUGGAAAGAAUUCGGCGCCUGCUAAGUAACUUUUAUUUAUAUGCUGGAGAUCAUUGUAUUAAUACACUACGUAAUCAGACUCACCCGCAAACAUAUAGAGAUAUUAUGGACUUACUGCUUCAACGAGAAGGGCUUGCAACACAACAAGAUCAACUUUUUGGGUGGACUCCUCUUCAUUGUGCAGCACAUGUGGGGAAUCAAGAAGCAACUAAACUUCUACUUCACAGUUUCCCCACUCGUAUUGCAUAUCUACGGGACAACCAAGGCAUGUCUGCUUUACACAUUGCUGCUAAACAAGGCCAUGUCAAUGUAAUGGAAGAAAUUAUUGAUCGUAGUCCAGAUGCUUGCGAAUCCAUUGACAACAGAGGAUCGAAUCCUCUUCAUGUUGCCAUUGCAAAUGCAAAGCUUAAUGUUGUCAGGUUCAUACUGAACGAGCCAAGGCUUGACAGCCUCAUCAAUGCAGCCGAUAACGAAGGCAAUACGCCUCUGCAUCUGGCUGCUAGAAGUGACAGACGCAGCAUCAUAACCAUCCUCGUGAAUGACAGUAGAGUGAACAAGAAGGCUCAAAAUCUCAUCUACCAAAUGCCGAUUGACUUUAUUCUAGAUAAUCCAAAUCUUGGAGAGUUUUACAAGGCAAGUGUUUCAAGCUAUAAAGUCUGAGUACUGAAUUUUCAUUAUUAGAAUGCUAUUUAAAUGCUAUUCUUUGACAAUAAACAUCGGUUAUGUGGCAAAACAUACAAGUGCUAUGGGAUACCUUUUUUCCAUAUGCGUCUUGUUUUUAAAAACGUCAAGCUACAUAACCAUGAUUUUUGCUAGCAGUUUUACUGCAGUUGACUACAAUAUGGUGAGUUUCACACAAAUGAUGAAAUAUUCAUUAUUGUCCUAGCAUUGAUUCUUUUUUAGAUGAAAACAUUAAUUUUCACCAUCUUACAUAAUUGCGUUCUCAGUCUACAAGAAUCAGAUUUCGUUAAAACACAAUUAAUAUUGUUUAGUGCCAUUUAUUGGGAAUCAUUUUUUAUUAUUCACACCAAUUUAAUACUACCAUUCUUAAUGUAAUUUUUUCAGUCUAUGAUUGUAAGGAAGUUAGAUAAACCGGGCGGCCGAGCAAGUCUGCGAUCACUUGUCAAUCGGAUAAAUAGUCAUGAGAUAGGAACUAAUACAGAAGUUGGUCACGAGAAUAAUGAAAGCAGAAGUCAUAGGCUGAAGAAUAUACUCAACAUUCAUAUACUGGUGGCAAGUCUUAUAGCCACGGUGACUUUUGCAGCAGGGUUUGCAAUGCCCGGAGGGUAUGAACAAGAUCUAUCAUCCACAAAGGGCAUGGCAAUGUUAUCUAACAAGACAUCUUUCAAGGUGUUUGUAAUAGCAGAUUCAAUAGCUUUCUGCUGCUCCUCUGUCUCAGUGUUCAUACAAUUCUGGGGUUCCUUGGAGCAUAACUAUCAUUUGCUUUUACGUUUUACAAGAGUUGCAGCAACUCUCACUUAUAUUUCUAGCCUUGGGAUGGCAGUGGCUUUUACUUCAGCCAUCCAUGCAGUUAUACCUCAUUCCACAAUGCUAGCAUAUUAUACGAUUGUAUCAGGUAUCUGCUGUGCGUUGGCCUAUAUCUUUGGGUUUUUGUAGAUGUGAAACCAUCACAUAUUUUCAAUAUGAUAAACUUAUUUAAAUAUAGGUAGUCAAUUAUAAUGUAUAUUGUAUAACCGUAAAUAAAUUAUAAUCUCCAUUUCCA